GGUGGGGGAAGGGCCGGGCCGGGAGGCGGAGCGGAAGCUGACUGUUUGGGGCCAGCAGAGUACAAUCUCCACUCGCCGGGAGACAUCCUCGUCCUGACUCCCAAGCCCCGGCCUUUCUCCAUCCCGACCUGCAGGCUGCUUCUCGAGGGCGAGACGCCGCUGACGCCUGCUCCUCUGCAUUGGUUGCGCCUCUCGGGCUCGGGAGUCCCGCGGCGGCAGCCACCGUGACUAGAACCCCUCAGAGUUAAUGUAAGAGUGGAGCAACCUUGCCAAAGAUGAAGAACAUAUAUUAGAGAAGUUUUUUCUUUUUUCCUUCAAAAGUUUUGUUUGGGAGCUUGUCUCCAGUUACUGCUUUACAAUCAAACUUGUUUAUUUCAUCAGAAAUGUUUUUUACAAUCUCAAGAAAAAAUAUGUCCCAGAAAUUGAGUUUAUUAUUGCUUGUGUUUGGACUCAUUUGGGGAGUGAUGUUACUGCACUAUACUUUCCAGCAACCAAGACAUCAAAGCAGUGUCAAGUUACGUGAACAAAUACUAGAUUUAAGCAAAAGAUAUGUGAAAGCUCUUGCAGAGGAAAAUAAGAACACAGUGGAUGUUGAGAAUGGUGCUUCUAUGGCAGGAUAUGCUGAUCUGAAAAGAACAAUUGCUGUCCUUUUGGAUGACAUUUUGCAACGCUUGGUGAAGCUGGAGAACAAAGUCGACUAUAUUGUUGUGAAUGGCUCAGCCACUAAUACUACAAAUGGCACUAAUGGAAAUUUGAUGCCAGUAACCACAAAUAAAAGGAUAAAUGCCUCGGGCAGCAUUAGAUAGCAGUUGAAGAUCACCUCUUGCUGCUGUAUCCACUGUGGAGUAUACCCUAUCACAGAAGAGUUUUUUAAUUGCUGGCUGGGAGAGAGUAAUACUUUACAAUAAAAGCCCGACAUAUUUUCAAGGCAUUUGCUGGAUUUAUGGAACUCUUAAUUCUGUAUAUAACAUGUUAAGUGUUACUAGUUUGCUUCCAGGCACGUCUCUUCCAUGCUGUACCUUAUCCUUAAGGCAACAUGGCUGAUAUAGUGAGCAGGUAGGUGAUCUUUGUGUAAAUGUUUUGUGUUUGAGAUCAAGCUGAAACAACACUAAAAGACAUGGAUUUGUUUCCAUAAAAUAUUUAUUUAAGUAUACAUGUUUUCAGACAAGAGAAUAUUGUUACUGAAUCAUUCUUCUGUCAUUUGUUCUCAGUAGAUAUAACUGUUCAACUAUUAGAAGAUGUGCUUUCUUCCAGUACUAUAUUUUGUUAUUCAGAUUAUGAACAGAGAAAGGAAGUAUAAUGUUGAAAAUAAUGUUUUGAAAUCAUGACCCAAAGAAUGUCUUCAUUUGCACUAUACUUCAAAAUAACUGAAGGUUGUUGUAUAUUUUUAAAAAUUACAUUUGUAAGAGUAUAAUCUUGAAAUGGUAGUAACCACUGUCUGUAGCCUAGUCUGAACAUUGGGGGCAAUUUAAUAACAUUAAAGUUAUAUCUCUAAUCUCAUACUUAAAAAUUUCUUACAUAUAUUCUGAAAAAUAAAAGUAUUUUUAUGAUGAAAUGAAA